AUGGUUAUAUCCACAUCGACUUGUAACAGUCUCGGCAUUGAAGACUUUGUCCCAGAUCGACAUGUCAAUCUGCUUGACUGCCCCCUCUUCAAGGAACAACCACAAGACACGCUUUCCCGCGAGUUAAUGCAAGGCCUCAAUGACUUAGUGACCAAAAGGCCAAGAUACAGCCGAUUCCUAUCCCAGAUAAAGAAUCUUCUCCAUGAAUGUCACCAGAUCCCACAACUGGCUCUUUCAAUUCUUCAAUGGCUAGAUGCAUCCCAUCGAGGCAAAAACAGGGACGAGAUUGCGGCCGUCAUCGCAUCGUUAUCACCAGCAACUGCAGGAAACAUUGUACGAGUAUUUUUGAAAUAUCUACCACCUGUUAUUGAGCAAAAGGCAGAGACAGCCUUCACUUGGAUCCAGCAUGCUAUGGAACCUUGGUCAGCAGAUGCCCUUGUCGAAGUACUGGCAUUACACGCAUCUCCAGAAAAGGAGCCUUACUUUUGUGAGCUUGACAAGAAGGAAGAGAUAGAUGAAUUAGUUGAAGCACUGGGUGGGAUCAUCAUUGUGGAAAAUGGCGAUGUUAAAUUUUGCCAUCCUUCAUUCUAUCGAGUGACAGAGUUCAUCGAAGGUCAAGAAAGAGAAGAAUUCAUGGCCAGGAUCCACAGCUCAAUGGCGACAGUUUGUUUGCGUUAUUUUCAGCUAGAAAACGCACAAUCCUUUCUCGACGAUCUAAUUCUGACAAAGCUGGUUGACAUUCCCCCAGAAGCGCCGUUGGAACCCUUCGUUAUUUACCACAAGCGAUCGUCUAUGAGUGAAUACGCAGUCCGAUUCUGGGCGGAGCACUACAAUGCUAGUGGGAGCUUCAAACCAAAACGGCUGGUCCUUGACCUUUUUGGCGACAAAUGUUACAGAGCUCGUUGGGAGAUUCCGUUUUGGCUCAUGUCGAACCCCUUCACAAGAAUCGGUCGACAUUAUAUUUCCAUGCUUCCAAUAUUUGCGAUGUUGGGCCUAGAAGACUUGAUUGACGAUGAAAUCAUGUCCAAGUGUGAUGAUCGAUGGUUCAAUAAGGAUUGUUGGUUUGCUAUUGUGGAAGCCAUACGAUGGGGAAAUACAAGGAUUGCUACGAGACUCCUCGGUCAUGCUGAAGUUGAUGAAGCAGAGCUACAGGUCGCUCUACUAUGGGCCGCGGCACAAAAUGAUCAAGAGAUCAUCCAAGACUUGCUUGCCAAGAUUCCAAAUAUGAACAAGUUCUAUUGGCCCGAAAAUCUUAUUCAUCGCGCAGCAGCAAUGGGACAAGAUCGGCUACUGUCUGCCAUGCUCACAUCUGGCUGCGAUAUCGAUAAGGUCGGCAGAUACUGGGAUGCACCCCCUGCUAUCAAUGCAGCGUGGCGGAAUCAGGUUUCUACACUCAAGAUGUUAUUGACAUCGGAGGCGAAACUAGAUCUUUCAUUGACAGACAGUGAUGGCGACACUUUAUUGAUGGUGGCGACGCGAGGAGGAAAUCCAGACCUGCUCGAACUUGUCACAAAUGCUGUAUCAAACGGUGCAGGAAUGAAAGACACCAAAUAUACGAGGAAAGAAUUGGUACAAGCUACAUUAUGGUUCUGCUCACACAAAGCCCUCGACUUGAUCCUCAAAUCCGGGAUAGGAUGCAGGGAACGGGCUCAAGAUUCCGUUUUUGUGACAGCAGCUGAUGAUGGCUUCUUGGAGUGUGUACACAUCUUGGUGUCCCACGGUUUCGUUCCAGACAAAGAGGACUCAGCAGGCACUGCACUUUAUAACGCAGUCUCCAAAGGCUACGUCGAUAUUGUGAGGCUACUGCUGAAACAUGACCCUAAGCCAAAGAUGGAUAUAACGACGCCAGGCAAAAACACUAUCUUGACAAACGCUAUUAGCAGCGGCAAUAUUGAAAUCGCAUCGCUGCUUAUAGGGCACGGCGCUGCUGUCGAUGCCACUGACGAUAAUGACACUUCCGUCAAGACCCCUUUAUGCAGAGCCUGUGCAGUAGGAAACUUGGAAAUGGUUAAGCUUCUGCUCGAGAACAACGCUGACGUCAACUAUACUGUCGGCUUCGCUCAUUCACCUCUAUUUUCAGCCCUUUACAACUGGAAUUCUGAGGUAGCCAAGUAUCUUCUGGCAAACACUCAAGCUGACGUUAUGUGGACAACACCUGGAAAUAUUGGGAUGCUUCAUGCAGCCCACGGCGAUCCUGAGAUACUUGGUGAACUAUUGAAAAGGGGUGUCCCGAUCGAUGGUGUGAGCAGCUGGGGAACGGUUCUCAAUGUCGCGGCAUAUUUUGGAGAGCCGGACUCGAUCAAAGUUCUACUCAACAAUGACCCAAAGCCAGACUUGAAUGUCAAGGCGCUCAAUGAUUUAGUUCCCAAGGGCCACCAAGGCUACACUCCUCUUCAAUCUGCAUGCAAAGAAUGCUCGUUUGAAAGUGUCGAUAUACUUUUGGCGGCCGGCGCUAACCCUCACAUCAUCAACAAUAUGGGCGAGGAUGCUGUUGAUAUCUUGCUUCAAGCACCCUCGGAGUCAGAAGAUUGUGAAAGGCUUCUAAGGUUGUUAUUCUCUGCGCCAUACAACAUGCCCAAGGAGCGGGUCGAUGAAGGAGGACGAACGCGUCUUCACAGAAUCAAAGAGUCUACAUCUAUCCACUUUGUGCGUCGUCUUACAAGUCUCAUUUCUGAACUUGAUAUCAAAGACAAAGAGGGUUACACACCUCUAGCCGUGGCUGCCAGUAAGGGGAACACAGACGUCGCCAGGUAUCUCAUCGAGCUAGGUGCCAAGGUAAAUAUCUUCAGCUCAAAAUUCGGCAGCAUACUCCAUCUAGCCGUCAGACAUGGCACCAUAGAUCUUGCCAAACUUUUGAUAAGUUCUGGGACAGAUCCCGAGAUGGUAGACCCUCAGUAUGGCGAGUCCCUCAUGUAUGCAGCCCUCGAAAUAUCUACGUCAGAAUGCCGGAACCGUAUGGUCAGAUACCUGGCUGAUGAGGUCAAAGUUUCUAUCGAAAGGUUGGGUGGUGAAUUCGGAUAUCCAGUAAUCCUGGCUGCAUCCAUGACGAGGCAACCCACAGACAGCGGUGCUGAAUUGCUGAAAUUCCUUAUCCGGCGCAACGCUCGACUAGAUGUUACCGAUAAUCAAGGUCGAAGCGCAAUACAUUUCUUGUCAAGAUCUAGUUCUCUCGAUCUUUUCAAGAUAUUGCUACGAGAUAGGAGCAUGCUUAAUGCGGUAGACAAAUUUGGCCGCAUGCCUAUUCACUUUGCAGCUUCAAAUCCAGAUCCCGCCUACCUUGAAUAUCUACUUGAUAUAGGGACGAUUGUUGAUAUAGACGUCAAAGAUCUUGAUCAGUGGACACCACUUAUGUGGGCUGCGCGGUCUGGUUCCAAGAUUAUCAUCGAGCGUCUUCUUUCAGAGAAGGCUGAUAUCUGGGCGCACACUCGUUCCUUGGACUCUCGAGAUAGUUGGUCGCCUUUAAAAUUGGCGCGCUUUGCCGGUCGCAGUUCUGCUGAAUUAAGUGAUCUCGAACCCCAAGAGCGAUCGAGAGUCCGUCAAGAUGGUACGGUCGAGGUGUGGGACGAGUACUUUCACAAGAGCAAAGCUGGAGAUGUUAAGGAGUACCACUACUGCGACAGCUGUCUCGUGACCAUCAUCGGACUGCGAUGGACGUGCAUGGUAUGUGAAGAUAGCUAUGAUCUUUGUUUCAAAUGCUUCCCCAAUCGGUCUGGCUUGCAUGACAUGGAGCAUAACUUCGAGUCGAUCGGACCUCUAUAUCGAGAGGAUGUUGAUGGGGACAGUGUACAAAGUCAUGAUACAGAAGCCGCGGCGUUGAGUGUUGAUGAAGGAGGGCUCAUCUUGCACGAGGAUAAUGCAAAUGACAUCGACGACUUGGAUUCGGAUUCAGAUAGUUAG